AUGUUACAGAAGAGGCACAAAUUACAACUAAUCUCGUCUUCUCUUCUUCAGGCGUUGUUGGCUGUAUUACGAGAGAGCCACCGCACCCGGACGGUGUUCCGCAAGGUGGGCGGUUUCGUCUAUGUCACCUCUCUGCUGGUGGCGAUGGAACGCUCCCUGUGCCAGCCGCCGCGCCAUGGCUGGGAGCGCGUCAACCAGAACCAAGUUUUCGAGCUCCUGCACACCGUCGUCAGCACGCUCACGGCUGCCAUGCGCUACGAGCCCGCCAACUCACACUUCUUCCGCACGGAGAUCCAGUACGAGAAGCUGGCCGAUGCUGUGAGGCUGCUGGGCUGCUUCUCGGACACUAAGAAGCUGGGUCCCACAAGCGUGUUCCCCUCCAACGCUCAGCCUUUCCAGAGGCUGCUGGAGGACGAGGCGGCGCCCGGAGGCUGUGCGGGGGACAGCGUCUGUCCCACACUCAAACACUGCAGCAAGCUCUUCAUUUACCUGUACAAGAUGGCCACCGACUCUUUUGACAGUCGUGCGGAGCAGGUGCCUCCCUGCCUGACUCAUGAGACCUCGCUGCCCUCGCCGUGGGGCACGCCAGCACUCGCCAGGAAGAGACAAGGUUACUACGGUACGUCGGGCCCUCCCGCUCCUGUCAAAGCCCUCACAGACCUGAAGCUCCACCUUGCCAACGCCUCCCACCCCGCUUCCUCUUCCUCCUCGUCCGACAUGGUGGUCAUCCACCCGGGCGCCGUGCUGGCCAUCCUGGACCUGCUGCCCUCCGUCUGCUCAGACAGCCAGCCGGAGCAUGCCCUGGACUUGCAGCUGGCGGUGGCCAACAUCCUGCAGCUCCUGGUUAACACUGAGAGGAACCAGCAGGUUCUGUGUGAGGCGAGCCUCCACCAGCGGCUGCUGCAGCGCUGCAGCCAGGCCCUGGGCGACGAGGACCAUCCCCUGCACCCCCCACUUCAGAGGAUGUUUGAGAGACUGGCGUCACAGGCCCUGCAGCCGAUGGCACUCAGGGAGUUCUUGCGCCUUGGGAACCCUCUGAACUGCGGCGCCUGGGACAAGAAGCUGCUGAAGCAGUACCGGGUUCACAAACCAAGCUCUCUCAGCUACGACGCCGAGAUGAGAAACAGUAUGACCAUGUCCAUGGAGGGCUUCGGUCCAGACAGUGUCUUCGCCACGCCGGCGGAGGACAACGGCCAGUAUCGCAUCAGCCGCAGCCUGGUUCGCUCCGCCGAGGGCAGCACCGUACCACUGACCCGAGUCAAGUGCCUGGUGUCCAUGACAACGCCCCAUGACAUACGUCUACACGGAUCGGCUGUCACGCCUGCAUUCGUGGAGUUUGACACCUCGCUGGAGGGCUUCGGGUGCCUGUUUCUGCCCAGCCUAGCGCCCCACAACGCCCCCACCAACAACACCAAUGCCUCAGGUGUCAGCGACGGAGCAGUGCUGAGCGGCAUGGGUACAGGGGAGCGCUUGUUUCCUCCUCCGUCAGGCCUCAGCUACUCCACCUGGUUCUGCGUGGAGCGUUUCAGCGCCGCUCCUCAGGCCCACCCGGUGCGCCUGCUGACCGUGGUGCGCCGGGCCACGUCCUCAGAGCAGCACUACGUGUGUCUGGCGGUGGUUCUGUCCACAAAGGACCGCUCGCUCACCGUCUCCACCAAGGAGGAGCUGCUGCAGACAUACUCGGACGAGUCGAGUGAAGAAGCCUCCUUCUACGAGAUCCUGCCCUGCUGUGCCCGUUUCCGCUGCGGAGAGCUGAUUGCCGAGGGUCAGUGGCACCACCUGGUGCUGGUCAUGAGCAAAGGCAUGCUGAAGAACAGCAUGGCCACGCUGUACAUCGACGGACAGCUCAUCAGCACGGUCAAGCUGCACUAUGUCCACAGUGCUCCAGGCGGCUCUGGCUCUACUAACCCCCCUGUACUGAGCACUGUGUACGGGUACGUGGGGACGCCGCCCGCUCAGCGACAGCUCUCCAGCCUGGUGUGGCGUCUGGGGCCCAGCCAUUUCCUGGAGGAGGUCCUGCCGGCCACCAGCGUAGCCGCCAUCUAUGAACUGGGACCCAUCUACGUGGGCAGCUUCCAGGCCGUCUACCUGCCCUGUAAAGACUCGAAGACGGAGGUAGCCCCCGCCUCCCCGGUGGCGUUGGUACCAGAGGAGAAGGUGUCCUUCAGCCUGUACGCGCUCUCGGUCUCCACUCUCACCGUGGCCAAAAUCAGGAAAGUCUACAACAAGCUGGACAGCAAGGCCAUCGCCAAACAGCUCACUGUGUCCUCUCAUGAAAACGCCACUCCUGUGAAAUUGAUUCAUAACGCCGCUGGGCAUCUCAACGGACCAGCACGUACCAUCGGAGCCGCCGUCAUUGGAUACUUGGGUGUCCGUGCCUUCGUCGCCAAACCCGUGGCCACCAACCUGCAGUAUGUUGGUGGGGCGGCUGCCAUCUUGGGCCUGGUUGCCAUGGCGUCAGAUGUGGAAGGGCUGUAUGCGGCUGUCAAAGCUUUGGUGUGUGUUGUAAAGAGCAACCCCCUGGCCAGCAAGGAGAUGGAGCGCAUCAAAGGAUACCAGCUGCUGGCUAUGCUGCUGAAGAAGAAGCGCUCACUGCUCAACAGCCACAUCCUCCACCUCACCUUCUCUCUGGUGGGAACUGUCGACAGCGGCCACGAGACCUCCAUCAUUCCUAACUCCACCGCUUUCCAGGAUCUGCUCUGUGACUUCGAGGUGUGGCUCCACGCUCCCUACGAGCUCCAUCUCUCUCUGUUUGAGCAUUUUAUCGAACUGCUGACAGAAUCCAGCGAGGCAGCUAAGAAUGCCAAACUGCUCAGGGAGUUCCAGCUGGUCCCCAGGCUGCUGCUGACCCUGAGGGACGCCUCCCUGUCCCAGCCCACUGUAGCCGCCAUCAGCAACGUGCUCAGUCUGCUGCUGCAGGGCUUCCCCAACCAGUACGAUCUGCUGAGGUUUGGCCAGUUCAUCUCUUCUACUCUUCCCACAUUUGCUGUGUGUGAGAAGUUUGUCGUCAUGGAGAUCAAUAACGAUGAAAAGAUAGACGGAGGUAAUGAGGAUGAUUUUGGUGGUCUCCUGUCGGCCAACCUUAUUCUGCUGAGAAACCGACUGCUGGACAACCUGCUCAGACUGCUCUUCACCACCAAGGAGAAGUGCACCGUCAACGCCCAAGCUUGUGAGGAGCUGGUGCGGACGCUCGGCUUUGAUUGGCUCCUGAUGUUCAUGGAAGAACACCUUCACUCGAGCACGGUCACGGCGGCUCUGUGGAUCCUGGUGGUGCUGCUCUCCAACCAGUCCAUCCUCAACCGCUUCAAAGAGGGCCUGUGUGGGGGCGGCUGGCUCGACCACACCGACAUCGUCCUGACCAAUAAGAUCGGCACAGUGCUCGGCUUCAACGUGGGCCGCAGUGCCGGUGGGCGCUCCACGGUGCGAGAGAUCAACCGUGACGCGUGCCACUUCCCCGGCUUGCCCGUGCUGCAGACCCUGCUGCCCAAACACACCAACGUGCCGGAGCUCUACUUCCUUCUCAUGGCGCUGUUCCUGCAGCAGCCCGUCACCGAGCUGCCGGACAGCCUGCAGGUACAUUUUGACCUGGACUCCCUCUGGACGUUCAUUUUUGGCAUACCGGCCUCCAGUGGGACAGUGGUGGGCUCCAUCCACAACGUGUACACCGAGGCCGCCUUCCUGCUGCUGGCCAUGCUGCGCAGCAUGCUCAACCUGCCUUGGCAGUCAGAGGAGGAAGGCUCCUGGCUGCGGGAGUACCCGGUCACUCUCAUGCAGUUCUUCAGGUAUCUUUACCACAACGUGGCCGACCUGGCGUCAAUGUGGCACAGUGCCGAGUUCCUCUGUGCCCUGGCAGCCACCGUCUUCCCUUUCAACAUCAGACCUUACUCCGAGAUGGUCACUGAUCUGGACGACGAGGCGGGGUCUCCCACUGAGGAGUUCAAGGCCUUUGCCGGGGACUCCGGUAUGAACCGCAGCCAGUCUGAAUACUGUAACGUGGGCUCCAAAACGUCCCUUACCAACCACCCUGCCAAAAAGUAUGUCUUCGACUUCAUGAGGGUCCUGAUCAUGGACAACCUCUGCAUGACCCCGGCCAGCAAGCAGACGCCCAUCAUCGACCUGCUGCUGGAGGCCUCUCCUGAGCGCUCUACCAGAACUCAGCAGAAGGAGUUUCAGUCCAACAUCCUGGACGGCGUCAUGGAGCAUCUUCUGGCUGCUGAUGUGCUGCUAGGUGAAGAUGCCUCACUGCCCCUCAGCAGCGGGGGCAGCUAUCAGAUCCUGGUAAACAACGUCUUCUACUUCACCCAGCGAGUGGUGGACAAACUGUGGCAGGGCAUGUUCAACAAGGACUCCAAGCUGGUGGUGGACUUCAUCGUGCAGCUCAUAGGACAGUCCAAGCGGCGUUCCCAGGGUCUGUCCCUCGACACCAUCUACCACUGUCUGAACCGGACGGUGCUGUACCAGCUCUGUCGACCCCACAAGACGGUGGCUCAGCAGGUGGCCCUGCUGGACGCCCUGAGGGUCUUAACAGUCAACCGCAACCUGGUGCUGGGGCCGGGCAACCACGACCAGGACUUUGUGGCCUGUCUGGCUCACUGCUUCAUCUGCCUUCACAGUGGAAGCAGCGUGGAGGGCUUCGGUCUGGAGGCGGAGGCCAGGAUGACAACUUGGCACGUCAUGAUGCCCACGGAGAACGAGACCGACUCUACGCACAGCCAAGACGUCAGCGAGGGCCGGCAGCUGCUGCUGAAGGCGGUGAACAGGGUGUGGACGGAGCUGAUGCACAGUAAGCGGCAGAUGCUUGAGGACAUAUUCAAAGUUUCUCUUCCCUGCAACGACAGAGGACACGUGGACAUCGCCACGGCCAGGCCCGCCCUGGAGGAGCCGGCCCUGAAGAGCUGGCAGAACCACCUGGUCCAUGAGAAGAAGUGUAUCAGUCGCGGCGAGGCAGCGGCGCCGGUGACCCAGUCCAAACUGUCCCGAGUCAGCAGCAACUUCGGCCUCUCCAAGCUGACAGGCGUCCGGCGCAACAAGAGGGAGAACAGCCUGAACAAGAACAGCCUGUCUGCACAGGAGACGUUCCAGUGGAUGUUCACACACAUUGCUGUUGUUCGAGACCUGGUGGCCAUGCAGUACAAAGAAUAUCAAGAGCGGCAGCAGAACGCUCUGAAGUACGUGACAGAGGAGUGGGCGUCCAUCGAAUACGAGCUGCUGCGUGAGAGAGGUCUCUGGGGCCCUCCCAUCGGCUCCAUCCUGGACAAGUUUGUGCUGGAGAUGACGGAGGGGCCCUGCCGGAUGAGGAAGAAGAUGGUCCGCAACGACAUGUUCUAUAUCCACUACCCAUACAUCCCAGAGAUGGAGCCAAACACCAACUCAGCACAGAAGCCUCAACGUUACCGGCGGGCCAUCAGCUACGACAGUAAGGAGUACUACGUGCGUUUGCUGUCUGGAAACCCCGGCAUGUACCAGCACUCUGUGGAGCACACCACAGAAGGAGAGACGACACAGCAUGAGCCCGAGCACGGAGAGGACACCAUCGCAAGAGUCAAAGGCCUGGUGAAGGCUCCUCUGAAGAGGUCCCGGUCCACAGCGGACGGGGCCGACGAGGACAGUCAGGACCAGCUUCAGGAGCAGCUGCUGGAGUCAGGAGGCCCCGAGGAAGAGCAGAGGACCGACAACACGUCCCUGCUGCGCCUCCUGGAGGAGGGAGAGAAGAUUCAGCAUAUGUACCGCUGUGCCAGGGUGCAGGGUCUGGACACCAGCGAGGGUCUGCUGCUGUUUGGGAAAGAGCACUUCUACGUCAUCGACGGAUACACCAUGACUGUUUCCAGGGAGAUCAGGGACAUCGACACGCUGCCCGCCAAUUUGCACGAGGCCAUCAUCCCCAGAGGAGCGAGGCAAGGACAGAGCCUGCUGAAGAGGACCUGCAGCAUAUUCGCCUAUGAGGACAUCAAGGAAGUGCACAAGAGACGCUACCUGCUGCAGCCCAUGGCAGUGGAGGUCUUCUCUGCAGAUGGGAGAAACUACCUGUUAGCCUUCCAGAAAGGAGUCCGCAACAAAGUUUACCAAAGGUUCUUGGCGGUGGUGCCUUCACUGGCUGACAGCUCAGAGUCGGUUUCAGGACAGAGGCCCAACACCAGCGUGGAGCAAGGAUCUGGGCUCCUCAGCACGCUAGUGGGAGAGAAGUCAGUGACUCAGAGAUGGGAGAGAGGAGAGAUCAGUAACUUCCAGUACCUGAUGCAUCUGAACACGUUGGCAGGACGAUCCUACAACGACCUCAUGCAGUACCCCGUGUUCCCCUGGAUCCUGGCCGACUUCGACUCAGAGGAACUGGACCUAAACAACCCAAAGACGUUCCGUAACCUCGCCAAGCCGAUGGGUGCUCAGACCGACGACAGACUGACGCAGUACAAGAAGCGGUACAAGGACUGGGAAGACCCCAACGGUGAAACCCCAGCAUACCACUACGGCACGCACUACUCCUCAGCCAUGAUCGUAGCCUCCUAUCUGGUCAGGAUGGAGCCCUUCACUCAGACUUUCCUCAGACUUCAGGGAGGACAUUUUGACCUGGCUGACAGGAUGUUCCACAGUGUACGUGAAGCCUGGCUCUCUGCCUCCAAACACAACAUGGCCGACGUCAAGGAGCUCAUCCCCGAGUUCUUUUAUCUGCCCGAGUUCAUGCUGAACGCCAACAACUUUGACCUGGGUGCCAAGCAGAAUGGCACCAAGCUGGGUGACGUCAUCCUGCCGCCUUGGGCCAAGGGAGACCCACGGGAGUUCAUCCGAGUCCACAGAGAUGCUUUGGAGUGUGACUAUGUAUCGGCCCACCUCCAUGAAUGGAUCGACCUGAUCUUCGGAUACAAGCAGCAGGGCCCGCCAGCCGUUGAGGCGGUCAAUGUCUUCCACCACCUGUUCUACGAGGGUCAGGUGGAUAUCUACAACAUCAACGACCCGCUCAAAGAGACCGCCACCAUCGGCUUCAUCAACAACUUCGGACAAAUCCCCAAACAGCUGUUCAAGAAGCCUCAUCCUCCUAAACGGGUCCGCAGCAAAGCCAAUGGUGAUGUGUUGAGCGUUCCUCCAAGCUCCAACGGCGACAAGAUCUUCUUCCAUCAUCUGGACAAUCUCAGACCUUCUCUAGCCCCAGUCAAGGAGCUGAAAGAGCCUGUGGGACAGAUCGUGUGCACGGACAAAGGGAUACUUGCUGUGGAGCAAAACAAAGUUCUGGUUCCACCCACCUGGAGCAAGACCUUCGCCUGGGGCUACGCCGACCUCAGCUGCAGACUUGCUAACUAUGAAUCCGACAAGGCGUUGGUGGUGUACGAGUGUCUGUCGGAGUGGGGUCAGAUCCUGUGUGCCAUAUGUCCAAACCUGAAGCUGGUCAUCACCGGGGGCACCAGCACCGCCAUCUGUGUGUGGGAGACAGGAUCCUCCAAGGAGAGGGCCAAGUCCCUUACUCUCAAACAGGCAUUGCUGGGCCACACGGACGCUGUUACGUGUCUGACGGCGUCCUCGGCGUACCACAUCAUUGUCAGCGGCUCCCGGGAUCGAACCUGCAUCAUCUGGGACCUCAACAAGCUUUCCUUCGUCACGCAGCUCAGGGGACACCGGGCGCCUGUCUCUGCUCUGUGUAUCAAUGAACUGACGGGGGAUAUUGUGUCGUGUGCAGGAACGCACAUUCACGUGUGGAGCAUCAACGGCAGCCCCAUCGCCAGCGCCAACACCUUCACGGGGCGCAGCCAGCAGAUCCUGUGCUGCUGCGUGUCCGAGAUGAACGAUUGGGACACGCAGAAUGUCAUCGUCACCGGACACUCGGACGGCGUUGUCAGGUUUUGGAGAAUGGAGUUCCUCCAGGUCCCAGAAACGCCUGCUCCACAGCCAGUAGAGCCAGAUGUGCCCGACUGCUGUGCUGAGGAGAAGAUUGAAGGGGGCGUUAGUCACAACGGCGAGGAGGACAGCAGCGAGUCGGAUGGAGACGAGCCGAGCCUGAGCCAGGAGCCCAAAGCACCACGCAACCCCUCAGCAGGAGGCAGCCAACCAGGCAGCGCUGUGCACAGACCCAGAGGUCCUCCAGCCCGCCCCGGAGCGUCGUGGUCGAUGGACAGCGGCUCUGACGACUCUCACCGCUGGUCCGACAGCCUCAGCAUCGACGAGAAGGAUGGCUUUGUGUUUGUCAACUACUCGGAGGGCCAAACUAGAGUCCCCCAUCCUCAUCCUCACCCACACCCUCACCCUGGCCAGAGCUCAGUGCCGCAGCCUCUGCAGCCCUCCUCCAUGGAUGCAAGGAUGUACAACCAGCUCAGGACCGGCUACAGAUGGGAGCGCCAGCUUGUGUUCCGGAGCAAACUCACCAUGCACACGGCAUUUGAUCGCAAGGACAACGCCCAGCCAGCCGAGAUAACAUCCCUCUCAAUCUCCAAGGAUCACAGUAAAAUCCUGGUUGGCGACGGGCGCGGCCGGGUCUUCAGCUGGUCUGUGAGUGAGCAGCCGGGCCGCUCGGCAGCCGACCACUGGGUGAAGGACGAGGUGGUGGACAGCUGCUCCGGCUGCACCGUGCGCUUCUCCCUCACCGAGCGACGCCACCACUGCAGGAACUGCGGGCAGCUCUUCUGUCAGAAGUGCAGUCGCUUCCAGUCAGAGAUCAAGAGGCUGAAGAUCUCGUCUCCGGUGCGAGUGUGUCAGAACUGUUACUACAACCUUCAGCAUGAGCGAAGCGCCGAGGACGGCUGCAGAAACUGAGCUCCACCUCCACCCCCAGGAAACACCUCUUCCUCCUCCCAUAUAUCCCCGAAACGCUCUCCCUCCAAACCCAUGCACCCUCUUUCCUCUCGUACGUCCAGUAACACGUGCACAGUAACGCACUGACAGAAACAGGAGCGAAUGUCCACUGUCUCUGCGUAAGGUGUGGGAAAAAAACAUCUGAUCAAAGGAAAAAUGAAAAAAAAAUCACCACCCUGACGACCUACACUCACCUGGAGGAAGAGAAAAAGAAUAGCAAAAACAGCUUUGAUGCAGCCUGCUUCAAACAAUCACCCGCCUUUUUUUGCUUUGAUCAAGAACCCGUUCCUCUUUCACCGCGAGACAUAACAAACUUGUUUAUAUUGUAAAUAAUAACCAUGGCCUUUUUAACUCUAAGAAGAGCAAACAGAACAAAAAAUAAGGUCAAUGAGUUAAAAGAAAUUGCCUGUAAGAUAGCGUUGUGACUAACCACUCCUGGCUUUAAAAAAUAAAAAUAACUAAAUCGAUUGUGUGUAGUCACGGCGAUGCCAGAGGAAAGGAUAUGAAUGUCAAUAAUGAAUUUCCGUGCGUUGACUUUACUAGUGGGACUAGGUAUGCAACAUUUUUUAUUUCAAUUUUUGUUGUUGUUUACAAAAUGUAUUUUAAUGUGUUGCCCACAGUGUCAAGCCAUCACCAUCACAGACAGAUUUCAUAUCCUUUUUGUUGCCAAUUUAUUUUCAAUUAUGAUGAUUUUUUUUAUUAUCAUCUAUUCUGUCGUUUAUAUAAAUUCCCAUGUGGAGAAUUUUGGAUUAUUGCUGCUGUCUGAAGACUGGACACGUUAUCAUUUCAGAUUUUAUUUUAAAACCAUAUCACUGCGUUUAAAGUUUUUUUUCUUCUGUUUUCCAAUUUUUAUGUAGUUCUAUGACGUUACUUAUCCAUCUCGCAUUUUCCCUGUAGCCUUAUUUAGUUACUGUACCGCGUCAAAGGGGUGUUCUUGAUUGCACAUGAAAAAGGGAUUUAUUUUUUGUGUUUUUGCUGUUAUUUUCAUGUUGGCAUUAUUACAGUAAACGUGGCACUCCACACACUUUAUUCUCAGUCCUUGUUCGAAGUUGUUAAAUUGCAUUAGCAGCAGCCGAGCACCUUUCAAUGAGCUUGUUCCGUACAAACCGAAAUUGUUAUAUACUUUGGAGGAAAUGUACAAAAUGAUUUUAACAAGUAUGAAAUUCUCUCAAACAUCCCAGGCCAGAAAUAGUUAUUUUGUCUGAAAAGUCAAAGUGCUUUAUCAAUCAUGUAUCCCGAUUUGGUUUCAUUAUAAACGUAAUUUAUCAAUCACUUACUGUAUGUACUUUAAUUUCAUUUGAAAAAAAGCCAAGAGGAGUUCAUGAUGUACAAGGACACUGCUAAACAAUUUACAAGAUGUUUUUUACGCACAUUUAUGACAUCUUGAUCUCGUAGAAUAUUUGAGUUUUUUUCUCGUCGAUUUUUGUCUUUUUUUUUGUAAAUGUAGUACUCUGGUCUAAGACAACAUUCGUGAACAAAUCUGAUCCCGUUAACUCAUAUUGUAAGGGAAAAAGAACAGAACAAAUAUAAAACCUUUUUUGUUUUUUCAAUAUUCUGUUGCCGUUCAUUUUCGUUUGCACAAAAAUGUAUUUUUGUUGACCUUGAUUCUACAACAAGGACUCGCCAAAGUGAGAUAUUUUCAAAGUUCAAAUUCAAGCAUAUUGGCAGUCGAUGUUAAACAAGAUGCAGAACAACAGGAAAGACGUGUGUAAAUUCAACAGUAAAAUAUUCCAUAAAUAAAAAAUGUUUGGGAAAGAUUGACACCCAUACAAGGUCACCGUCUUGACAAGUAAAUGUCAAAAGCUUUUCUGAUGUUUAAUAUGACUUUUAAUUACAUAAACUUAAACAGAAAACUUCCUUUUUGUGUCAUGUAUCACCAUAAAACACACAUUUGACUGCUUGGUGGCUGCUGCUGCUGGGUUUGACAGUUGGACCUUUAGAAAGUGUUUUUGUUUUUUAUGUUAAGUAUUCAUGUUGUUUCUCCUCUCCAUGUUUUUUUCGUAGUUCUGUGGGCAACAAUUGUGCAUUCAACUGCUGCUUUCUUUGCGAUUCCUUUUUGUUUCCCACACAGAAUCUCAAACAUGUCAAAAGAAAAGAAAAGAAAACACUUUAAUAUUCACCACCACAGCUCCCUGUUGUUCUAAUAAGCAUAUGCACUCUUGUUAUUGGCCUUGUAUCAUUCUGCAUUGACGUACUGUUAUUUAGCGUGCAAUCAUGCCACCUAGCUGAAAGAGCCCAGUCGGCUUGAAUCAAUCAAGAGUCCCUUUGCACCUUCACUUGUACAAAAAAGUCAAGAGGAAUCACAGGUUUUUAUUAAAUGCAGUUUUACGUUGUUAUUUUAAGAGAAAGGUGAAUUUCACAGUGGAUUAAAUGAACUGUACAAAGUAUUUAUGCAAUUAUAACUGGUUUUAGAUUUUUUUUUUAUGAUUAUUGCGAUUUCAGCAAGUUUUGUUACUUGUUGCAUGUCUAUUAACACAGCUGACUUUCUGUGUCAGUGCAUUGUAAAUGUUCUCGGCAUUAUCAUUUUGUUGGUUUUUAUUCUUUUAUGGGAUUUUUUUGGAGGCAUUGUCUGAUGAGUUGUGUACAGAGCCAGAGAUCGUGUUCCCAACUCUGGAUGUACUUUUGUACUCUUUAUGGAAAAAAAUUAAGGACUAAUGAGAGAAGAAGAAGAAAGGAAAAAAAAAAGAGGAAGUCUUGGACUCUUUUGGUGGUCCUGUAUUAGACUGCAUUACUACAGUAUCUGGUGUGCAAUCUGUGGUAGCUGAAUGUUCCUUGUAUAUUUGUGUUCACUUCAUCCUACAGGACAAAAAUCAGUAGAGUAACCCCCCCCCCCCCUCUCCUUACAGAAACAAAAUGUUACAAUAAUGCAAUAGAUCUGGUACUUAUUCUGUUAAUUUCAUUUCAAUAAAUAAUUGCUGUUUACCACCAAUCAA